GGAUAACAUAAGAAUAUAAUAAUGUAUAUCUGAAGUUUUAUCUGUUCAUAAAUAUUUUAUUUGAACUAAUUGAGAGUACCUGCCAUUAAUAAUAUACCGUGUAGUGGUAGUGCUGCAUUGUUCUUAGCGCUGCGUAUUUUCACAGAGCUAUCAUUGGUUUUAUGGGUACUUAGGUUUACUAACAUGUUUCUAAUUAUGCAAAAGUGAUUUUAAAGGAUUUAAUUUGGUAUAAAACACUUCGAUCAUUAAUUUUUAAAAAAUAAUAAAACGUGGAUGGGCAGGAGAGAGUUAAAUAAACUAAAGUGCAGGGCGUAACAACCUCAAAAAACCCACUGUAUGGCUUAAAUUUAAGCAUAUGUACAUAGAGGUAUAAUUGCAUGGGAUGAAAGGUUUUGUGGGUAGAAGAGCAUCUAAAGGGAAAUAGGUUAUUAUUUAUAUGUUAUAAUCAUCAACAGAAACGUGUCUUCUAAGAGUAUAUUGCCUAGCGUUUUGGUCCUCCUAUUUUUGUUAAAAAACUAAAACAAGAAUAUAAUGCCUUAACUGUACUGUUCUGAAGUAGAAGAUUUAAACUUCAGGGCCACUGGGAUAAUUUCUUCCUCCCCCUUUAAAAAAAAGUCUUUAGGCCCAACAAAUAAUAAAAUCUAUUGUUUUGGGGUUUUUUUCUUUCUAUAGUGUGGCCUUAGUGAUAUAUUAUCACAUAAAGAAAAGGUGAGCUCUUUUAAAACCUUUCUUGUUAUUUCAGGUAAUUACUGUUUUCAGGCUCAGCAUUAGUUCACAGCUAUAGACGUCGUAAGCUGUGUUGUGUCUACUAAAAUAUUAAAGCAAAUUAUUUGUGUUUUUAUUCACCCUCAAGACUCUUUUAAGUCCUAAAUUACUGAGAACCCCAAAGAAUCUGUAUUUAUAUUUACUGUCUUAGAAAUUAGAAUUGAGAUCUUUUAAAAAAUCGGAUUCUGGUUUAGAUUUUACAACCUUAGCACUAUUGAAAUUUUGAGCCAGGUAAUGCUUUGCUGUGAUGAAAUAAAAGCUUGGUGGGUGCAUUGCAGAAAGUUUAGCAGCAUUUAUGGCCUCUAUCCGCUAGAUGUCAGUAGUGAGCAGGAACCCAGGUUGUGACAUUAAAAAGUAUUUUUUGAGAAAUGUAUCAUUGAGCUCAGGCCGCGGGAGGAGUGGCAGUGGCCAGGCAGCCCAACUUCGCAAAGGCACCUGGCACGCGCCUUUCCGCCGCCAGGAUGCCCAAAAGGAAGGUCAGCUCCGCCGAAGGGUCAGCCAAGGUGGAGACCAAGAGAAGAUCCGCGCGGUUAUCAGCGAAACCGCCUGCAAAAGUGGAAGUGAAGCCGAAAAAGGCAGCCCCGAAUGGUAAAGCUUCAGACAAAACAGUGCAAACCAAAGGGAAAAGGGGAGAAAAUGGAAAACAGGGUGAAGUGGCUAACCAAGAAACUAAAGAAGAUUUACUUGCAGAAAACGGGAAAAUGAUAACUGAGGAGAGUCCAGCUUCUGAUGAAGCAGGAGAGAAAGAAGCCAAGUCUGAUUAAUACCAUGUAUCAUGUCUUAGCAGUGGUCUCUGUUUUGUAAAUGCAAGUUUUUCGGUAGCUCUAGAGAUAGUUUUAAGAAGGAGAGAAUCCCACCUCAUCCCAUUUUUUAAGUGUAAAUGCUUUUUUCUAAGAGGUGAAAUCAUUUUCUGGUUAUUUUUUGGUACAAUCAGAAAAUAGUGUGGAAUAUUGAAUUCUGAGAGGCUUUCACUGUCUCAGGUGUCAGCUUAACAUUCCACAGAUGGGGGGUUAGAUUUUAUAUCCUAUAAUACAAAGCAUAUUAAAUGGCAAUAUGGAGCCAGUCCUGCAUUUAAUCUCUUAAACAUUUUAAAUUACUUCUAUUUCCAUGUUUUUUUAGUAGAAUUGGUUCCUAAGGAAAACCACUCUGAUCGGGGCUCUCCCUGUCAGAAUUGUGUGCAGUCUGUAACAUCUUUGGUGUGGUAGUCCUGUUUUCCUAAUAACUUUGUUACUGUGCUGUAAACGAUUAAAAAUUUGAAUAUGAAGUGUCCAUGCUAUUCAGUUGUGAAUUGGUUUUUUUUUUUCAAUUUUUUAUUGCAUUUUAGGU